UCAUCCAAAUACAUGCAUAUGUGAUUUUCCUUAAAAAAAAUAUUUUUUAUUUUGUCUAUACUAAAUUAAGAUAGUUGUUAGUUGAAUUAAAAUAGAAGAAAAAAGAAAGAAUCAAAAUCAAAGGGGGUGGUUAGUGAAAGUCAAUUGUGAUUUAGUAAAAGGGGGGGCCCCGGCCCCCCUAUUCAAUAAAGAAUUUCACAAGUGGGCCCCACCAAAUGGAGGCCAAUGUCAAAGGAGGAGAGAGAAAGCUAAUGGGUAAUGAAUACAGAAUAGAGAGAGAGAGGGCAUGUUUUUUUCAACUCACACAACAGAAGUAAAUGUGCAAAAUAGUUUCUUGUAUAGGGUCUUCUUCUAAAUUGGCUUAAAAUCAAAUUCAGGUGAUUCAAGAAAGGAAGAAGACUGUGUUCUUGCUCUGAUUUACAACAAAGCUAAGAGGGAAAAUUUCUUCACUUUGUUUUUUUUCUCUUCUCUACAGUUAGUUUGCCUGCUUUUCGUUGUGCUGUUUCUUCUGGAUCUUGUUUUUUUUUUUGUUUUUUGCUGCACCUAUGAUUUACCCAUUUUCUCUGGUAGCAAUCAUCCUGUAUUCACAUUUCUCCAGUUGGGUUUGUCAUUUUCUGAGCUGAAUCUUCAAGAAAAUGUCGAUUCUAGGGUUUCCUUGAUCUCCCCCAAUUUUUUAAUUUAAUUUUUGAUUUUUUUAAAUUGAAGUUAUUUUUCAACUCAAAGGUCUGGUCUUGAUAUUUGAAUGUUAUUCCUAAAGUAAAUUAUCUUCUCCCUUUUUCAUUCAGCUGCUGUUGUUGUUUUUUAAUUUCGAUUUGAAUUUUUGAAAAGCAAAGGUUCAUUCUUGAAGAAGAAGCUUUUUUUUUUACUAGCUUUGAUUCCCUUUUCCCCCUUUUGAAUUUAGGGUGUGAACUUUGAACCCAGUCCCCUUUCUUUCUGGGUUUUUGAAUUUGUUCCUUUUCUUGAUUGUAUUCUCUCUCUAUUACCAAAUUUGAUUGUAAGAACCCCAAAAAAGAAAAAAAAAAUCCAAUCUUUAAAUGCAUCUGUCACUAUGGAAACCAAUAUCUCACUGUGCUGCACUAAUCUUCAUGGACAAAAAAACCCGAAGAAGAGACGGGUCCCACAAUUCCACCGAAGAAGUCAAAACCAACCCAUCAAUCCUCCGAAAACUUCAAGAACACAAGCUCAGAGAAGCUCUCGAAGAAGCCUCCGAAGACGGGUCUCUCGUAAAAUCUCAAGACAUCGAAAUUUCGGAAGCUUUAACCAAUCAGGACGAAGCCUUGGGCAGAUCCCGUUCGCUCGCUCGAUUAAACGCCCAAAAGGAUUUUCUCCGAGCCACCGCCCUAGCAGCCGAGCGAACUUUCCAGCCAGGCGACUCAAUUCCGCACCUCAACGAAGCUUUCUCGAAAUUCCUCGUAAUGUACCCUAAGUACCAAUCGUCGGAAAAAAUCGAUCAUUUGAGGGCGGAUGAGUACUCACACAUGUGCGGUGCUUCUUCGAAGGUAUGCCUCGAUUAUUGUGGUUUCGGGUUGUUUUCGAUGCUUCAAUCUGUUAACGAUUGGGAAUCUUCGGCUUUUAGUUUGUCUGAAAUCACUGCCAAUUUGAGUAACCAUGCUUUAUACGGUGGAACUGACAACGGGACUAUAGAGCACGAUAUUAAAACGAGAAUAAUGGAUUAUUUGAACAUACCCGAAAACGAGUACGGUCUUGUUUUCACCGUGAGUCGUGGCUCGGCUUUUAAACUGCUGGCAGAAUCGUACCCUUUUCAGACGAACAAGAAGCUGUUGACCAUGUUUGACCACGAGAGCCAAUCGGUGAAUUGGAUGGCUCAGAGCGCGAAGGAGAAAGGCGCGAAAGUCCAAAGCGCAUGGUUCAAAUGGCCCACUCUGAAACUGUGUUCGACCGACUUACGAAAGCAAAUUUCGAACAAAAAGAAACGUAAAAAAGAUUCCGCAUCGGGUCUUUUCGUCUUCCCAGUUCAGUCUAGGGUUACAGGUGCGAAAUACUCGUAUCAAUGGAUGGCUUUGGCACAGCAAAACAACUGGCAUGUUUUGCUCGAUGCUGGUGCAUUAGGCCCGAAGGACAUGGAUUCGCUCGGAUUGUCCCUUUUCAGACCGGAUUUCAUCAUUACAUCUUUUUACAGGGUCUUUGGAUUCGAUCCGUCUGGAUUCGGUUGCUUGCUGAUCAAGAAAUCGGUUAUGGGAAGCCUUCAGAAUCAGUCUGGCCAUGCUGGUUCAGGUAUGGUCAAGAUCACUCCUGUUUUUCCUCUGUACUUGAGCGACUCGAUGGAUAAUUUCGUGGGUUUCGAUGAAGAUGAAGACGAACAAGAAGCGGGCCCCGCAGGCGAAUCCGACCCCGAAAAUCGACAUGGGCCCCACCAGUUGCCGGCCUUUUCAGGCGCGUACACUUCUGCUCAGGUGAGGGAUGUUUUCGAGAGCGAAAUGGAGCACGAUAAUAGCUCCGAUAGAGAUGGAGCGAGCACUAUACCCGAAGAAACAGAGAGUAAUUAUGCUGGGGAUGUUAUGAAAAGUCCCGUCUAUAGCGAAGACGAGUCUUCGGAUAACUCGCUGUGGAUCGAUUUGGGGCAGAGCCCUCUCGGGUCGGAAAAUGGGGCCCACGAUAGCAAACAUAAUGCCUCCUCUCCAUUACCGCCCGCUUGGUUUUCUAGCCGGAAGAAUAGUAAUAAUAAUAAUAAUAAUAAUAGUAAGUUGAUUUCGGCUUCUUCGAAGGCCUCGAAAUUAUCAGGCAGCCCAGUUUAUGACAAGGAACCGAAUUACGAUGACUGUAAUGUAGGAUCGUUCGAUGCUGCUGUUCGAUCGAUGUCUCAUGUAGAAGAUCAAUUUGCAGAGAGAGACCAGUUCAGGACCCCCGAUAAUCGGCAUUCUCAAGAAAUCGAGGAAGAACCUGAAAUCAAGAACUCAAUCAUGGCGAAAGAUAGUGCAAUAAUAAGACGAGAGACGGAAGGUGAUUUUAGGUUACUCGAGAGACGAGAAAAGAGCGGAAUUGGUGGCGGAAGUAGAUUUUUCGGGAUAGAAGAGAGAAGGGUGUCGUUUAGCACAGAAGACAACUACAGGGCUCACGUUAGCACAAAAGGGUCUCCGGCUAAUUUAGACAACUACGACGACGACGACGAUGAUGACAUCAGCAAUGGAGAUUACGAGGAUCAAGAAUCGGAGAGGGCGGAGCCGGAGAUAAUCUUGAAGCAUCUCGAUCAUAUAAAUAUGUUGGGAUUAAAUAAAACAACUUCUCGGCUUCGAUUCUUGAUUAAUUGGCUUGUCACUUCGAUGCUGCAAUUAAGGCUACCUAGUACCAACGGAGAGGAAAGUAAGCCGCUCGUUCAUAUCUACGGUCCGAAAAUCAAGUACGAGAGGGGCGCUGCGCUGGCGUUCAACGUGAGGGACGGGACCCGCGGUCUUAUCGGGCCGGAGGUUGUGCAGAAGCUGGCUGAGGCGCACGGUAUUCGUCUUAGUCUCGGGAUACUAAGUCACAUACGGGUGAUGGAUGGUUCGAAAAGGGACCGUGGGUCUUUAUGUAUUGACGAAACUACCCUUUGCAGGCCGAUGGGAAACGGCAAGAGUGGGUUUGUGAGGGUUGAAGUUGUCACUGCUUCGCUCGGGUUCUUGACUAAUUUCGACGAUGUGUAUAAGCUGUGGGCGUUUGUCGCUAAGUUUCUCGAUUCGACUUUUGUGAAAGAGGGUGGUAUGCUUACGCCGGUUGCAGAGGAAAUCGAAGAAUGAGAAACGAAAAAAAAAAAAAGGGGGUUGAUUCUUUUUCGUUGUUUGGAUUAUUUAUAUAUAUCGUUCGCCUUUGCGUAGAUUCGAUUCGUUCGGUAGAGUUUGGGUUUUAGAUUUUUAUUUUUUUCAUAUAUUAUAGUUUGAUGAACUAAAAGCAGAUAGUUUCCACAGUGAGUUGUUGACACGAAUUUGAUUUCUGCUGUAUAAAAAAUUCAUCUUGUUCUUGCUUGUUUUUCAUAUACAUUCUUUUACUGUAUAUUUUUUUUACA